ACGGAGCGAUGCUGGAGGAUACUACGGUGUGUGGGACUUUACCAUCACAGUGACUGCCUAUCGGACCGGCUCUGACUCGCAUUGGCCAUAAAAACAGCGACUUAUUUCAUCGAAAGUGUGCGCAUUGCUCCUAAACGCCACUGUUGGACUGUCGGUUUACUGUGCUCCUAAGGUGGAGAAAUGUGCGCACAUGACAGACCAGCUCUGUGGAAUUAGGCCCAGGAGGAAAACCAUGUCCAAGAUGAGACAAUAAAAAGGGUUGACGUGGGGCCAGGCUUCCUGUUGGAUGUGCACCUCAAGCCCUCAGCCACUAUGACGAUGAAAGGCCUGUCCACCAGCCGCAGUCACCACCAUGUGACUUGUGACCCCUCCUACGACUCCAUGACACUGGGCCACGGAGAUCGGCGCUCCUACUUCCUCACCUCUCCAGAGCCUCACCCGUCCGACCACUCGUGCUUCUCACAAAAGAAUUCCUUUGGGCCAGAUUGCGCGCCCUAUCCCGACCUUGCUAGCUGCACCUUCCCGCGCAGACACUACAGCUCGCACCAUGAGCUUAAAAACGAGUGCAAUGCGGUGGUGCCUUAUACGGGGAAUGCUAAAGGGAACGCUGGAGGUGCCAAUAAUAAUCGUUCGACCACGCUAGAGCAGUUUGAACAUCAAGGGCCUGUGCGGAGAGAAGGCUACCACACGCUGCAAUACAAGCGGACAGCCAUAGAACACCAACGCAGCGAUAGCCCUGGUCGAAUCCGCCAUCUUGUCCACUCCGUCCAAAAGUUAUUCACCAAGUCGCACUCUUUGGAGGGGCCAGGGUCCGGGCCGGGAGGAGGGGGCAGUGGGAAGAUGAACGGCAGCAAAUCUAGCCCAGAUGACCCUCCAUCCUCCUCCGGAACUCUCAAGCACAGCAAGAGGAGUAAAAGCAAAGACCGCUCCAAGUCCGAACCCAAAAUGCGAACGGCGAUAUCGGGAUACUGGAGUUCGGACGACACACUUGAUCGCGAGAUGUGCCUCUACCAUCACCACCAUGGGAGCAGCAGCGGUGGCAUCCCUUCUGGGGUCAUGACCAUGGGAAGGCAUCCGGAUAAAUCUCAGUCGCAAUACUUCAUGGAGUCCUACAACACCAUCAGCGCCCACUCUCUGAAGACAUCGCGCAGCAACAAUGACGUCAAGUGCUCCUCCUGCUCUGGGGGUGGCUCUGUUCUACCCCUGGUCCCUGCGUUGGAGGGUCCUGUGCAGGUGAAGAAGAGCUCAUGGUCAUCCACUCUGACGGUGAGCAGGGCCAGGGAGGUCUACCAGAAAGCCUCGGUCAACCUAGAUAAGGCUCUAGUCAAAGCAGAGCAAGGGCGCACCUGCCACUUUCUACAGGUGCCUCAAGAUGACUGGGGUGGAUUCGCUCCUCUGGGAAAAGAUGAUGAGAUCCCAUGUCGGAGAAUGCGCAGUGGAAGUUACAUUAAGGCCAUGGCGGAAGAGGACAGCGGAGACUCGGACUGCAGCCCCAAACCCUCUCCCAAAGUCCAAGCAAGACGGGCCAGCUACCUGAAGGCAACGCAGCCAUCGCUCACUGAGAUGACAACGCUCAAGAUCUCCACAGAGCACUCUCCUAAGCUGCAGAUCCGGAGCCACAGUUACCUGCGGGCGGUGAGUGAGGUUUCCAUCAAUAGGAGUCUGGACAGCUUGGACCCGGCAGGGCUGCUGGCCUCGCCCAAAUUCCGCUCCAGAAACGAGAGCUACAUGAGGGCCAUGAGCACCAUCAGCCAGGUGAGUGAGGUGGAGGUGAAUGGUCAGAUCGAGGCCGUGUGUGAGUCGGUCUUUAGUGAGUUGGAGUCUCAGGCUGUGGAUGCUCUGGACCUGCCAGUGCCCAGCUGUUUCCGAAUGCGCAGCCACAGUUAUGUCCGCGCCAUAGAGAAGGGCUGCUCCCAGGAAGAGGCUGAAGAGAGUGCAGUACUGUUGGUGUCCAGCAGGGUUCCUAGCUCCCCUCCGCGCACCACCACCACUGUGAGGACCAUCCAGAGCAGCACAGUGUCGUCAUGCAUCACCACAUACAAGAAGACGCCUCCCCCAGUCCCCCCGCGGACCACCCCAUCCAAACCCUUCAUCUCCAUCACGGCCCAGAGCAGCACCGAGUCGGCCCAGGACGCCUACAUGGACGGGGGCUCGGGGGGCACCAGAGCGGGCAUCAGCUCCCAGCCCGGCCUCUCCAACUCCACGGAGAGCAUCGACAGCAUGAAGGCACUCACCGCAGCCAUAGAAGCGGCUAACGCACAGGUGCACGGCCCGGCGAGCCAACACGUGACCAACAGCAUCACCAUCACUGCCACAGCCACCACCUCCGUCACCGCGGAAACCAAGGCGCAAAGGGACGCUCUCCGGAAGUGCCUCUCCAUAGGGAUACAGGUGGAUCCUGAGGAAGAAGGCCAGACUCAGGAGGAGCAGGAGCAGUCCAAAUUCCAGUCAAUAGGAAUUCAAGUGGAGGAUGAGAGAUGUUACCGGCGCAUGACGCGGUCCAACAGCGUGACCACCGCGGUGCAGGCCGACCUGGACGACCCCGCGGACAGUCCGGACGUGCCCCUGCCGCGCCACUGUGCUACCAUGCCCCGCCAGCACUCCCGUGACGCCGCCACCUCCACUGUUAGCAUCCAGGGCUCAGGCAACCACUACCACGCAUGUACUGCCGACGACUAUGGGGAAGUGGGCUUCGACCCCUCCAUCCUGCCCCCUCCCGACCCCUGGAUGGACAGUGUGGCGGAGCCAGAGGGGCAAGAGCUGGAGGCAGUGAGCAGGUCUGUGUGCCCCAGAGACGGGCGUUGGUUCCUGAAGCUGCUCCAGGCUGAGACGGAGCGCAUGGAGGGCUGGUGCAGGCAGAUGGAGCAGGAUGAGACGGAGAACGAGCUUCCUGAUGAGAUCCUGGGGAAGAUCCGCAGUGCAGUGGGGAGUGCCCAGCUGCUGAUGUCCCAGAAGUUCCAGCAGUUCCGGGAGCUGUGUGAAGAGAAUCUGAAUCCCAAUGCAAACCCGCGGCCCAUCUCCCAGGACUUGGCCGGUUUCUGGGACAUGCUCCAGCUCUCUAUUGAGAAUAUUAGCCUGAAGUUUGAUGAGCUCCACCAGCUAAAAGCCAACCACUGGAAACCUCUGAGCCCCCCGGAAGUCCAGGAGAGAAGGAUGCCCCCUCCUGUGCCAAAGAAGCCCCUGAAGGGCCACCCUUCCCUGGCUAGGGACCGCUCUCUGGAGAGCUCUGAGCGCCAGCGCCUGGAGGCUCGCAAACGCCUGCUUGCUGCCAAACGAGCCGCCUCAGUCCGGCAGAGCUCAGCCACUGAGAGUGCAGACAGUAUUGAGAUCUAUAUCCCCGAGGCUCAGACCAGACUAUGAGACACAACCAUGUAUCCACUAUACUCACAUGCUCAGUAGCACUGUCAUAGUUUUACAGACACUGUGGAUUCUUUAACCAUCAAAGUCAUUAGAACAAUUAUGUACAUUUGCUGUAUGUACUAUAUUCUUUUAUAUAAUUAUACAUUUAGGUAUUUAUUUCCCAGCAUUGAUGUAGCACUCCCUACUGUCUUUGGAUACCCCACACACCCAAAGAAGUAUCCUAUAGGCCCUUUUAAGUGACUUCAUAUUCCCAAGCGACUUGUAGCACAGUGAGACACAUGUUGUUUCUGAGGCUUGGAUGGAGACAGAGGGAGCACACGUGUGUGUGUGUAUAUGGUACAUGUAACAUGCACAGGCUGCAUAAGGAACACAUGCGCACAGAUGGUCCUCUGCAUUUAAUAUUGUAUCUCUUUCAUAUUUAUAAAGGUUUGGGAAAUUUUACUGACUACUAAAUGACUACUACAAAAUUAAGCUGGUAUUGGCCUUGAAAUUUGCGGUCAGACGUUGAGCAGGAAUUUAACAACAAUUAUUAUCACGUGAAUUCUGAAACAGAUGUCUUUCUGUUCAAAACUGGGCCUUAGUGAGACAGGCUUGCAGGAGAAGGGCAGAGGUCAUGCUCUGUUCCUCCAGGUGAGUGGUUCAUAAGCCUGCAGUAGAGUCUGGAGAGCUGUUUGCUUAAAGAAUCUCUGUUUGAAACCUCCACAAAGCCAAUCUGUGUGAGUGCAGCCUAGAGAAGAGUGCAUGUGUUUGACUUGUUCAUUUCCAGAGUGCUUCCCAUUCUCCUGGGGUCUUAAUAGGCCUAGUCGUCUCUACACGGUAGCUGUAUCUACACUGAAAACAAUACACUACUUUAUAACUGAGCAACUUAUUUGUACAGGACACAACUGACAUCAUGGAAUGCUUACUCUUAUAUUUUUUCCCUUAUUGACACUCCUCAUUUGUCAUUUUAACUUCAAAUCUAUUAGCUACAAUAAGUCUAUCAUAUUAAUUAAUUUGUUUUAUGUUAACUAGCAAGAUUUCCAGGUGGUAUUAUGACUAAGGAACUAUAUUCUCCUCACUGUGUGUGCACUAUCUCUGCCUCCAAAUGAAGCAAUUCACUCGUCAUUAAAAAUUUUGUUUUUGAUUUUUGUAUUUAAUUUAAUGGGUAGGAAAACAAUGACUGUUUAUCGACAUUGCAGUUAUGAUUAUUAUUAAUAUGCACUGACAACAAGGCCCUUAUACUGUGCUUAUGUUAGAUUAUUUUUAUUUGCAUAACUGGCACCUUUUUGUCCUUUCUGUUCCAGUGAUCAGCCUUAAUUUCUAAUAUGAUAGUCGAGCACAACAGCAGUCUCAGGGGAAGAAGUGUGUUUGUUUGUGUAUGUGUGAGUGAGAGAGAAAUCAUGUGAUCGUGUGUGACCAAUGGCGUUGCCUCUACCUGUAUAUAACCCCAGUCAUACAAAUAGGCCAUAUUUUCAGAAUAAAGGGACGUACAGUACACUAGUAUCCACAGAGAAACUCUAUAUGUUACAAGGUAUUUGUGUCAGCUGCUUAAAUAUGGAGACAAUCUAGAGCCAGUUGAAGUUUUGUGCCAUCUGAUAUCUUAAUAAUACACUGUAUCCCUGACGUUGGUCCCUUUCCAAAGCCUACCACAUGUUUUUACUCAAUGUGAAAGAAUUCUAAAUAAUCUCACUGUCCUAUCUUGGUAAUGAUUAUUUUAGGAAGAGUGCAUAACUGAAGUACAAACGGAAAUGCCAUUUAUCUAGAUUAAUAUUUUAGUAUUUUACUCUUUACAAAAUUGUAAUGAAAUAAUGUCUGUCGAAUAAGAUAAUUUAUUAUUCAUGUUUAUUAUAUUAACAUAUCAAUAGGAUGCUCCUGGUAUUAGCAGGGAGUUGGACACCAGAUUGCUGGGUUGUACAAAGGUAAAUGACACUUGAGCAGCCCUGGCUAUUAUAAGCUUGUGAUGUAGUAUUACAAAGAGAUGAAUAUUUGUAUAUAAAUGAAUGUUUCCUUAUUUAAAUGUAAACUAAAAGCCCAAUGAAUUAACAUGUGAAGCCGAUAUACAUUUUUUGUAAGUAACGUUAUUACACUGUUGAUGUUAUGGCACGUGUAUGAGCUCUUAUCAGCAUUAAAAAUAUCAUUGCCAU